AUGGAAAUUUUGUGGAAGACGCUGACUUGGAUAUUGAGCCUGCUCUUGGCCGCUGCUGAUUCUCAGAGCCUUUCAUACAGUUCUCAAGAGGAGUUCUUGUCCCGUCUGGAUGACUACCAGCUAACAGUGCCCGUUAGGCUGAAUGACAAGGGCGAGUUCAUGAGUUACACUGUGAAACAGCACCGACCCGGGCGCAGAAAACGGACGCUGGACCAAGCCGGGCUGGACCCCGCCGAAACCAGACUCUUUUACCGCCUCUCAGCCUACGGCAAGCACUUUCACCUAAAUUUGACGCUUAAUCCACACCUGGUUUCCAAACACUUCACUGUAGAGUACUGGGGCAAGGACGGACGGGAGCUUAGCUACAUGUUGGCGGAUGAUUGUCAUUAUUUUGGAUACCUACUGGAUCAAUACAGCACUACAGGAGUGGCACUGAGUAACUGCAAUGGAUUGCAUGGUGUCAUCAUCACAGAAGAUGAGCAGUAUUUAAUUGAGCCUCUAAAGGACAUAUCCUCCAGGAACUCCAGCGAGUUCCGGCUUACCGGUGAAGGGCAGCCACACGUUAUUUAUAAAAAAUCCUCCAUCUCGUCACCACAGAGGCACAGCGAGGAGUUCAGCUGCGGUGUUUCAGACCUCUUAAUAAAUCAAAAUCCACGUUCACGAGUUAGUCCUGCUGCAGCAUCUCCCUCACCUGAGGAGAAUAACGGCAGCUUUAACAACACCCACCGGCAGCGCCGCUCCGUCAGUGCAGAGCGCUUUGUAGAGACUCUGGUGGUGGCCGACAAAAUGAUGGUGAGCUACCACGGGCGCAAGGAUAUCGAGCACUACAUCCUCUCCGUCAUGAAUAUUGUUGCCAAACUUUACCGUGAUGCCAGUCUAGGAAACGUUGUGAACAUUAUUGUAACCAGACUGAUUGUUCUGACAGAGGACCAGCCCAACCUGGAGAUCAACCACCAUGCCGACAAGUCCCUGGAUAGCUUCUGCAAGUGGCAGAAAUCGCUCCUGUCACAUCAGGGAGAUGGAAACAGCAUCCCAGAAAAUGGCAUAGCACACCAUGACAAUGCAGUUCUCAUCACAAGGUAUGACAUCUGCACCUAUAAAAACAAGCCCUGUGGUACACUUGGAUUGGCAUCAGUAGCUGGAAUGUGUGAACCAGAACGAAGCUGCAGUAUAAAUGAAGACAUCGGACUGGGCUCAGCAUUCACCAUCGCGCAUGAGAUUGGACACAACUUCGGCAUGAACCACGAUGGAAUUGGGAACGCCUGUGGGACCAAAGGGCAUGAGACAGCCAAACUGAUGGCCGCGCAUAUCACAGCCAACACCAAUCCAUUCUCCUGGUCCACCUGCAGCAAGGACUACAUCACCAGCUUCCUAGACUCAGGUCGGGGGAUGUGUCUGGACAAUGAACCUCUGAAACGAGACUUCCUGUACCCCACAGUGGCUCCAGGGCAGGUGUAUGACGCUGAUGAGCAGUGUCGUUUCCAGUAUGGCGCCACCUCCAAACAGUGCAAAUUUGUGGAAGUGUGUAGAGAGCUCUGGUGCCUUAGCAAAAGUAACCGAUGUGUCACCAACAGUAUACCAGCCGCAGAGGGCACAAUCUGUCAAACUAACAGUAUUGAUAAAGGGUGGUGCUACCAGGGUGAGUGUGUAGCAUUUGGAACGUGGCCACAGAGCAUCGAUGGAGGUUGGGGACCCUGGACGGUUUGGGGCGAGUGCAGUCGGACAUGUGGUGGUGGAGUCUCCUCGUCCAUGCGCCACUGUGACAGCCCAGCGCCAUCCGGAGGAGGGAAGUAUUGUCUUGGGGAGAGAAAGCGCUACAGAUCAUGUAACACUGAUGCUUGUCCAGCUGGGUCGCGAGACUUUCGGGAAAAGCAGUGUGCCGACUUCGACAGCAUGCCUUUUCGUGGAAAAUAUUAUAGCUGGAAGCCUUACACUGGAGGUGGUGUGAAGCCCUGUGCUCUAAACUGCCUGGCCGAGGGGUACAACUUCUACACAGAACGCUCACCGGCCGUCAUUGAUGGCACACGCUGCCAGGCUGAUUCUCUGGAUAUCUGCAUCAACGGAGAAUGCAAGCAUGUGGGCUGUGACAACAUCCUGGGUUCAGAUGCCAGAGAGGACAGAUGCCGCGUGUGUGGAGGAGACGGCAGCACUUGUGAAGCUACCGAGGGCCUGUUUAACGACUCGCUACCCAGAGGAGGUUACAUGGAGGUGGUCCAGAUCCCCAAAGGUUCCGUCCAUGUUGAGAUCAGAGAGGUUGCCGUGUCAAAGAACUACAUUGCUUUAAAAUCAGAGGGCAAUGACUACUACAUUAAUGGAGCGUGGACCAUCGACUGGCCUCGCAAGUUUGACAUAGCAGGCACAGCAUUUCACUACAGGAGACCGACAGAUGAACCAGAGUCUCUAGAGGCAUUAGGAGCCACAACAGAAAACUUGGUUGUGAUGGUACUACUCCAGGAACAGAAUCUGGGCAUCCACUACAAGUUUAAUGUCCCCAUCCAACGCACAGGCAGCGGGGACAACGAUGUGGGAUUUACGUGGCACCAUCUGCCCUGGUCUGAGUGCUCAGCCACCUGCGCCGGGGGGUCGCAGAAGCAGGAAGUGGUUUGCAAAAGGCUAGAUGACAACUCUGUGGUCCAGAGCAGCUACUGCGAUACUGACAGCAAACCACCGGAAAACCAGAGGCCCUGUAACACUGAACCGUGCCCACCUGAAUGGAUUAUUGGCGAUUGGUCAGAUUGCAGUAAAACAUGCGAUGGAGGAAUGCGAGUGCGUACAGUGCUCUGCAUCCGUAAAAUCGGCCCUGCGGAGGAGGAGAGCCUGGAGGACAGUCACUGCCUAACCCAUCGACCAAUUGAGCGAGAGACCUGCAACAAUCAGUCCUGCCCUCCACAGUGGGUCACCCUGGAUUGGUCAGAGUGUACACCAAAGUGUGGCCCCGGCUUCAAGCACCGCAUCGUUAUGUGUAAAAGUGGUGACCUGACUAAGACGUUUCCACCAGCCCUAUGUGCAGAUCAUGCCAAACCACCAGUGCGGAUCCGCUGCAGUCUGGGUCGCUGUCCUCCACCACGCUGGAUCCCUGGAGAGUGGGGACAGUGUUCAGCACAGUGUGGGUUGGGACAGCAGAAGCGGAAUGUGCAGUGUCUGGCCUACACUGGACAGUCCUCUAACGACUGUCCUGAAACGCUACGGCCGAGCACCAUCCAGCAAUGUGAGAGCAAGUGUGAUGCCACCCCUAUUUCCACUGGUGACGAGUGCAAAGAUGUAAACAAGGUGGCAUAUUGCCCACUGGUGCUGAAGUUCAAGUUCUGCAGCCGUGCCUACUUCAGACAGAUGUGCUGCAAGACCUGCCAAGGACACUGAUUCUGCAAUGAGAGAGACGAGGAGAGAGAUACAGAAUAGAGUACGGACGCAAAGAGAAAAAAAUGUGGGUUGGAAAAGCAGCACCAGUGAAAAAGAAAUCUGCUCUAAUCUUUCUCUGUCUCUCUCUUUCAAACACACACACAGACACACCGAAAUACACACACACGCACACACGCACACACCUGCUUUUUCAGCCCUGUGGAACCCAUACCACUGAUCAGCGGCAUGCUGACACAUUUUAUUUUAUUUUCACUUCUGUGAAGUGGGAACAUAUUA